CCUUGAGCGUGGACAGAUACCGCGUGAACACUAUUUCGUUUAAUUGCAGCAAAAUAAUUAAUAAUUAUAUAACAAGCAAAAUAAUAUAUACAAUAAUUUAGCACGGUUGUACAAUCUACAGCAUGUCUCGAGCGCAGGCUGAAAGCGUUAUUAAAAAUAUCAUCCGUGAAAUAGCAGAGCAGUGCUCCAGGCAGGGCCAGGCCGUGUCCGAAACCCUCACUGCCUUCAUGGUAAAAGCUGUCGUAUUGGACCCAAGAAACCUCUUUAAUGUCGACCGGACGCUGACCAAGCAGGAUGUGGAGAAACUGAUCGAGCUGUGUGUGGGCAGACUGUUGGAUCAAAAGAGUCCGGCUUUGGACACCAUUAAAAUGCAGGUUCAUUUCGAUAUGAAUUACACGUCUCGACGUGAGUUCAUGCGGGAGCACCAGAAGGUGGUGCAGAUGCGUCUUCUGCCCGUGUGCCGGGAAAUCACUGACAGCAGAGCUAAGAGUCGAGACGAGCUGGACGCUCUCUACCACAGGAUGGUCACCUAUGUGAUUUUACGCUCUGGCCUCGGCUCAGCGUCAGACGUCAACAAUGUUCAAGAAGCCACAGCUGCCCUGCAGAGUGUGUUCCCCCCGUCAGAGCUGGCCGCCUUCAUGUCUCUGCUCAGGCGUGAUAAAGAGCUGCAGCUGAACGAGCUCACCACCAUCGUCACGGGGAUUCGCCUCUUCAACAAGGACAGCGGGAAGGGAGGAGAGAGCAUCGAGGACCUGCUGGCCAUCCUGAAUGAGGCUCUUCCUGCUGCCAGCGCUGAAAUAGAUCGUGAACUGGAAGGGACGCAGCAUUUAGCCUGGCGCUACACCGCUCUGUUGGAGAGAAGCUCUGCCUCUGAGCUAAACACAGACCUGCUCACACAGGCUCUGUACAACACACGCCAGCAUGAAGCCUUCCUCAAAAUCAUCCUGGCGGACGUGAUCACCUGUGCGAAGCAAGUGGAGACUCUUCAAACUGACCUCAUAUCAAGGAUGAGGGUGCUGAAGGCCACAGUUCACACCCAAACCGCCGUGCCAACAUCCCAGGUGUUUCCUCACUUCACAGAGUUGGCCAGGCUGUGGGCGGGGCUUCAGGACGAGACGCUGCUGCUGAACAUGCUCAGGAACGUGGCACUGAGCCUGAGGCCGUUCCUCUCGGCUAAGUCCCAGAUGCUGGAGAAUGCUCAGCUGGAUGAGAUGCUGCAGGGUCAAACCGUCAGAUCUGAUGCAGAGAGAGCUGCUGAGAGCUCAGAGGAGUGUGUGGACCCGGAAGAGAUGAAGGGUUACGAGUGGAUUCUGCCUGAGACCACGGCUAACUUUGAGCAGCUUCCUGUGCAGUACAGGGGUGUGUGUGGAUACACUCUCGUAGAGAAGAACGGACUUCUGCUGCCAGGAAACCCGAACAUCGGCAUCCUGAAGCACAGAGAGAAAUACUACAGCUUCAGCUCCAAGCAGGCAGCGUAUCGAUUUGCCUCCAAUGCAGACGAGUACACCGAGCUGAUUGCAGAAAUAGCCAAGAAAUCUCCCGAGCUGAUCCAGCUACUUGAGCUUCAUCAGCAUUUUGCCAGCGUGACUCCGUACUCUCAGAUGCAGUCAGGUGAAAGAUUGUUGGUGAAACCCAUCAGCAAACGUGAGAGCAGCACACAGACGGACACCCACCCACUGGAAAGCAACAUAGUGAAAUCUUACGAGUGGAACGAGUGGGAGCUGAGACGAAAAGCCCUCAAACUGGCAAACCUGCGCAGUAAAGUAACCCGCUCCAUGCAGACCGACCUGAGCCACAUGAGGAGACACAACGCCACCCAGACGUUCGCUCCAAAAGAUUCUGCCUGCCAGACGAAGAGAGAUGGAACGAGUAAUGUACCUAAACCUCAUAUCUACCUGGCUGGUCUGAGAGGAGGAGCAAGUCCGACCACUCGCAUGACCAAAAUCGAUUUAACUAGAGCUAUUCAUGAGUAAUCUGUGUUGGUUUAUUUGUUACUUUUAGCCAAAAGUAACAUUGUAUGGAUGUAUUGUAUAUACUGAGCUGUUGAAUUCUGGAUGCUGAUUGGUCAGAAGGUGUUGAUUAAUUCUUUAGAACAGCAGCUCUGACAGUAGUGCAGGUUUAUAUCAAUGCAAUCACUCUAAUAUGUUAUGGUUUCUUUAGUAACGGCUCAUCCACAGAGACUCGUUCAGUUGACGUGAAUGGAAGGAGUCUCCAGUGUCAGAGGUAAAGCUGCCGGAUAGACGAGUUUACGAUUCUUUAGAGAUUCUCUUUUACAAAAGUUUAUCUUUUUUUGUCUUAUUAACUAAGAGCAAUUAAAAAAAAGGAACACCAAUAUUAAUUGAUAAAAAGUAUGACGU